CAAGCAGCACCCGUUGCUCUCCGCUCCUUCCGCCUCACGCUGAGGGGCCGCGGUGCGCGGGGAACACCUGAGGUGGAGCCGCCAUGGCGGAGCCGCCGUGCGGCCGCGUCCCCGCAGUGAAGCCGUAGCUGGUGGCGCCCGCCGCUUCCUGCGCCGCUCUCAUACCCAGUCGGGGCCGGCCAUGGCCCGGCCCGCGGCUGCCUACGAACCGGCGGUGCCGGCCCGCCCUGCCUGCGCCUACACCAGUUGCUACUGUGAAGAAAACGUUUGGAAGCUUUGCGAGUACAUCAGGAGUCAGGAUCAGUACCCGUUAGAAGAGUUUUACGCUGUUUUCAUAUCCAAUGAUAGGAGGAUGAUUCCACUGUGGAAGCAGAAAUCAGGACAUGGAGAUGCGCCUGUUGUCUGGGACUACCAUGUCAUUCUACUUCACGUUUCCAGCGGGGAGCAGAACUUCAUUUAUGAUCUUGACACAGUGUUGCCAUUCCCAUGUCCCUUUGACAUGUAUAGUGUGGAGGCUUUUAGGUUGGAUGACAGCCUUCAUCCGGAAUUUCACAGGAAAAUCCGAAUGAUUCGAGCAGAUUUGUACUUGAAGACUUUUGCUUCAGACAGGUCUCAUAUGAAAGAUGCAAAUGGGAAAUGGCACAAACCUCCUCCUUCAUACCCUUGUAUUGAAACUGCAGACUCCAAGAUGAACUUAGAUGAUUUCAUCAGUAUGAAUCCCAAAGUGGGAUGGGGCUCAGUGUUUCCCCUUCCAGACUUCGUACAUCGAUUUGGCAGACAGACUGACUACAGCUAUUCUUCGGAAGGACAGUGAAGUGAACAAUGGUCUUCUCUCCGCUUCUGUUCUCAGUGUUUUGCUGCUUUUAUGUUCUAUUUAUGGUUUACAUUUCUGUACAUGGAGUAAGUAUUUGGGAAGGUAGAAUACCCCAUCAAAAAUAUCAUGAACUGAAUAAAACCUUUUAUUUUUAUUACGUAAGAA